GCAGAGCUGGCUCAGCGAGCAUGUGUGAGGAACUGCCAGCAGUUGGAGACUUUUGGCACAGGCAGAGCGAGGAGGGAAGAUGAGGGGGGUGGCAGCGAGUAUCAGACAGUCUUGACUAAAGUAGCGAGGAAAGUGUUUCGACUAUGGAAUGACGCACAUUGUGUCCUGGGCUCGAAAUGUGGAGGAAUUAAAGCCCCUUUUUUCCAAGUGUCAACCUCUCCCUGUCACAGGGAGCAAGCAGCACAGCAGAAAGCAACGUGUUAAUCAGGGGCUGCCAUUGUGUUUGCCUCUCGGCUGGUUUCCGAAGCUGCGGAAAGUUGAAGUGGCUUUUUCAAGCAAUAGCAGCAAGAAGACACUGGCAUAUUUUUUUUUUUGCCUGCGUUGUUUUGUAAGCUCGGAAUUUGAAGGCGGACGGCUACAGCACUUUGAGAUUUGUUCUUUUGCACUUUUUUUUUUUUCUCGUUCUCUGUAAAUGUUGCUAAAUAGCUGAUGGUUCGCUCCAGACAGCCUGAGGAUAUGAGCCUGCAUUUUUUGUUAUCUCUUUCCACAACACAACCAGUUUCCUGCCACAGAGCCUCUAGCUCUCCGCUGAUGGCAGCUGAUAAUUGGUAGCUGCAGUCUGCUGUCUGAGCCACGGUAGUUUUGUGCCUUGCACCUGGGACCUGCUGAUAGAAAGCGGAAGACGGGGCGAAAAGCUUUGCUGGAAGACACUACUUUCACUUUACAAUUCCUCCAGCAAGACUGCUUUUCCAAGUAACGCGGGAUGCUCGAAGAAUAGGAUCUUUUGCAUACAUGUCACUAUCCAUAGGACCUGAGUAUGUCCAGUGAUCAUUUCAACACCACAACACUGGAUGAUGCUGGAAUUAAAGACCUUUUUUUGGUAAAAGCUGAAUUGGAGUUUGUCCAGAUCAUUAUCAUAAUCGUGGUCAUAACUGUAAUGGUGGUUGUCAUUGUCUGCCUUUUGAAUCAUUAUAAACUGUCUACGUGGUCCAUCAUUAACAGACAAAGCCAAAGUAGAAGACAGGAAGAAGCCCUACAGCCGGAAAGGUGUUUAUGGCCUUCAGAUAACGUGGAGUCACGACAAGGAGCAUCAGAGAUCAUGUACGCAUCAAGGUCAAGAGACAGAUUCACAACUCCUUCCUUUAUGCAGAGAGAUCGUUUUAGCCGCUUCCAGCCAACAUAUCCUUACAUUCAGCAUGAGAUUGACCUUCCACCUACUAUUUCCCUGUCUGAUGGAGAGGAACCUCCACCCUACCAGGGUCCAUGUACUCUGCAGCUACGAGAUCCAGAACAGCAGAUGGAACUUAACAGAGAAUCUGUCAGAGCACCUCCAAAUAGGACCAUUUUUGACAGUGAUUUAAUAGAUAUAUCUAUGUACAAUGGGGGUCCCUGCCCACCUAGCAGCAAUUCGGGCAUCAGUGCAACCAACUAUAGCAGCAAUGGCCGAAUGGAAGGGCCACCACCAACCUACAGUGAAGUUAUGGGACACUAUCCAGGCUCAUCGUAUUUCCACCACCAGCAAAAUAACACCUCUCCCACUUCUCAGACAAGUAGUAGACUUGCGUUUCAAGCAAACGAUCCAGAGAGCACAGUAGUUCCUGUCAAUGCAAAAGACAGACAGCCAGGGAACCUUGUUUGAAUCCUCCCUACCUGCACUUAUUCCACAGUGUGAGGCAAGAGGUCAUCAUGGUUGUCUCAUGACUUCCACAGCUCAAGUGCCCAAUGUUUUUGAGCUUCAAGUGGUACAAGUUAAACCAAAUGCACAUAUUAAUGUAUGCAUAAUCUGAUACCAGUCAGAGGAAAGCAUGCAAAUGGAUUGAAUGAUAUACACGUCCUUUCUGUUCAUGAUUUGUUUCGGGAAGAAUCAUUUUUAUAUUGUCAUAUUUCAGUUAUUUAAAUUUUGCAAGAUCUUGGCACAAAACUCAAACUUUGCAGAGCUUAUUUUAUACUGACAUUGAUGACAGUCACAUAGAACAAGUAAGUGUUAACUUAGAAGUGCUAUGGUGUUUUAGGGAGAUGGCCAGUGUUGUGGUAGGGAACGUAAAAGUGCAGUGCUAAAUAUUUCAUAGAAAUCUAUACCGUAUUCCAGGCAUGUGUACAGUGUAUGAAAUUAGUGAAUGGAAUGAAUGAAUGUACUGUGUAUUAAACCUGUUUUAGGGCUAAAUUCACUAAAUUGAAGUAACAUUAUAUGAAAUAUUCCCCCUGCAAAGCUAACGCCCAACUCGUAAUUUUUUUUAACCUUUUUAUGUGUGAAGAAACAUAGGUUAAGUUUAUAAAGUCCUUACUUAUUUAAAAAAAAGUUUGCCCCUCCCCAGAGGUACCAGUCCUGGAAGAAUAUGGGCUGGUACCUCUGUAGCUGCCAGGCUAAUGAGUGUGUGGUGCCUGAUUUAGCUUUGCUUUGUGUUUCCAGAGGAAGAAACAUGCCACCCCCUGAAAACAUUGACUCAUUGCUAAAGUAUGCUAGACUCUGUACAUUUAUUUUUUUCUUACACAAAAAUUGUGUUUAAGGAAAAUUUUAAGCCAACAUUGCAUUAGGAAAAACAUUUGUAAUCAAAAUACCACCUUUACCAUUUAAUUAUGGAAUGUGAAAAUAAAUCCAUAUGGCAUUUAGUCCUCCAUAUUUCCAAGAAAAAUUCUGCUAAAUGCAUGAAGCAAUUUACCAGUUUUCCAAGUUCUCAUACCAGUGCUCUAUAGUGAAUUCAAGACCAAUUCAUUUCAGGGCAAACAGGGAAGGCCAAUAACCCUAUGGAUUUGAUUUUUACUUUGUUCUAAAACAAGAUCUCUUUACUAAUGUGCUUAUAAAUGUUUUUAUGUGGCUUCUGUUUUAGAAAUUUUCAUGCAUGACGGGUUCACUGGGAAACUGACUGGAUUCAUAACUUACCUGGCCUCCAUUACGGGGCUGCUUGUUGUUUUUGUGGACCCAUUCCUCUAGAAACACAGGGCCGAAGCUAACAUGCACAUGUGCUGGCGGCAUAAUAGCAAAGGGAGUGACUGCAGCUAGUACGGGUUCAUGUGCUGGGAUGGUAUCUUGGGGCACACUAUCUUUUCAUUUGAAACUGUUAAAAUAAACAAAAAACAUCAAACAGAUUAACCAUCCCAAUUUUGUAACCACACCAGCUUAUCACUGGACAGCUCCUAAAUUAUUGGUGCUUGAUGUUCAUUUUAAUAACAGUGUAAAAUGAACUGUAAGCUCAGAUAAGAUAUUGGUGCCGCUUGUAUUUAUGUUCAAUGUAGCAUGCGAUUUUCCUUUUAACUGUUUAUUUUUAUUCACAUGCUAAUCAGUAUUUUUUGUUUGAAUGAUAAUUAACAGUGGGUAUAAUGCUCAAUUUAUAAAUCUUUAGUGAAUCUAGCCCUUAGAGAAAGUUGCACUAACUUCGGAUUAUCCUACAUAAGGGAAAUGUGGUAUUUUUUUAGUCUCUAUUUAUCUUGAAAUAUUUCCUGUUGCUGUGGGCUUAAGAUUCCCAACGUUUGAGAUGUCCAACAAAGGAGGACUACCAUCCACAAUUGUAUGCUCCAUGUGGUUUUCUGCAAUUCACAAAGGGAUUUAUUUAAAGGGUACUUUAAUUGUAGCCACCAGAGAGUUGGGUGAAAUGAGUGUGCUGUGUAAAUGCACUUGGCCACCAUACCCUUUCCAUAGUAAACGUAUCAACCUAACACUUCCGGUCUCCAUCAGAAUAUGAGUGCUUCUGCCUUUGUAAACGCAUGAUGUCCACAGGAGUCCAACAAUCUUGGGGGACAAAAAGAGGGACAUGGUUUUUAAACUGGUGUAUAGUAGCACCAUGAGAAGUAUUAACAUACCACACUCAGCUCUCCUCUCUAAUUACAUUCUCCUUUAAUAAAAAUAGUAGAAAUGGCCCAAAGAGUACAGGAACCAAUAGGACUUGGCUACACCCAUACAGAUUUCAUAUAGCUAAACUGCUGAAAGUUGAUCUUUGAUUGGUGUGUUUAUGGGUUAGAGCAUGUCCAUUUCGAUUUGCUUUUAAAUUGGCCAUCAAGACUUUAAAACCAUAGUGGAGAUUAUAACGGUUUUGUUGCCAGGUUGAAAUACCUACUGGCUUCUUAGAUUCCCUUAAUUGUAAAUGUUCUGCAACUGGACUUGGUUCUCAUCUAACAAAAGACAGUGCCACACUCCCUGUUGGGGACUUUCAUUUAUUUGGCGUUAUAGAACAUGCAGCCAUGAACAAGACUCAAAGCGAGUUUGGUAAAGGUGAUUGCUGUGGCAAGGGUAUCCUGCUUCCGGUCCUCACUGUGAACUCUAAGAGGCUAUUGGGUGUUUUUUCUCCUAGCAUCAUAUAUAAAGAAAUGGUUGACCCGAGGCUGGUUUUUCAGUUUGGGGUCAACUGAUGCUUUAACUCUCCACAUUCUUUUAAAGCACAGCUUCCAUAUUUGUCCAUACCUCAAACAUUUGGUGUAGAGAUGUACUGAAAGUUUAAAUUUCCCAACUGGAAAACCAUUGUUUGCCUAACCCUGAUCGUCAAUAGAUGGGUCCUCUUAUUUAAUGGUGAAAUAACACCAGGUGCCGUAUGUAUGUGGGUGAAGUCACUGAAUGGUAUAAUGCCUCUUCCUAUUUGAUGAGUCAUUUCUUAUUUGCACCUACAUUUGACCACCAGAAGUUUACUUCACAAUACUACUGGCAGUAAACAUUAUUGCAAUUUUUGGUUGCAAAGGGAUUUUUGGAUCUUACUCAUAAUGAUGAAUGAAAAGCCACCUAUAUCAGUGGUGAACUGGCAGCAGAACAAAGUCAGGCAUUUUUUUUAGAAUGUUUGAGUGGACCAAUAUUAAAUCAACACCUGUGCUUAUGUUUCCAAACUAUGUAUGUCAGAUAAAUGCUGUAUGGAGUCAAGGCAGCGUGUUUAAUUACCAUCUGGUGGCUAAAAUAAUGUUCACUUGCAGCAGAAUAGGGAAUUAUGAGAGCACAAUGAACAAAUACAGUUGUAGAGCUCAUUGAUCUCUGUUGUUCAUAGAUAUCUGGUAGUUGUCUAUCUGUUCAUAGUGGUUAUUUUGGUUUAGUUUACCUCUGACAACAUGUUUGCUGAAACUUGGACUCUGUCACAGGGAUUCGUAGCAAGUGCAGGUAACGACUUCAGCGUCACUUAUGCAGUAGAGUAUGACAGAUGGCUUAUCACGUUUACGAUGCUGUUGGAUGUUGGAUAAUGGAGAGAGCCAGAAUAUUACAGCACUUGGUAUUCCAAGCAAUUUUUUAUCAUUUUUUCAUCUAUGAGCAGUGUUUAUUUCUCUUAUUUUAACCCUUUUUGUGAUUGAGAAAAGGAAAAUCAGAUGGUUUGGCCACUUGUGUUAUGGAUAUAACUUUGAUUCAUAAUGAUGCCAUCACUUUUUUAUUUUUUUGAUGUCCAUUUUACAUUGGUUAACAAUUUAACACACUCAAGCUGUCUGCUUUUGAUUUUAUAUGUUAAGCAUUUUUAUUGGUAAAAUAAAAAAAAAAGUUUAAAACAAGAAAAAAAAAAUUAAGGCUUUAAAAUGUUUUAGAUUGUGUAAAUUGUGUAAAUUGCUGGCUUGUUUGUCCAGAAUGCCACGGGCUACUACAUUACCUGUGGUCAGUGUGUCUUCUAAAAAGGAUGCCAGGGAGGAAAUUUUUAAAUUAUUCUCUAACAACCUACAAGGAUGAUUUGGCACAAAGAUAUCACUACUAGUGACUUUGGGCCUUUAAAACCAGCUGCUAUUUAUGUAACUUGGCACUUGUGCUUUGAGCAAAUUCCUCUAGGACUCUGAGCCAGGCUAUAGGAGUGUCCAGAUAUCAGUGUUAAAUGAAUCAGAAGGCUAAGCACACUUAUAUCAAUGACAAAAUGUGUAUUGAAAAGGGAAAAAAAAGUUUUAUCUGUCUAAGUAUUUGUGUUGAUGGACGUUGGGCUUGUACCGAUGGCCUCAAUUUGGGAUUCUUCCGGGAUCCUUCAGAAUUCACUGACGGGUGCUUGGACCUGCAGUUGACCUCCUCUUGAUCUGCAUCUGGCCUGCUUAAAUCAGGUUUUACAGUGUCAUAUAGCCUUGCAUGUGAAUGCAAAACCUGUUUGAAGCAAACAAAAAAGCCUAACGGCACUUCCCCUAAAGUGUGUAAUCUCUAUUCUUAAACUUCAGGCAACCAACUAAACAAAUGACAUAUGAGAGCUGUUUUUAUCUGACAAAAGAUGUGUAUUUCUGCCCAGUCAUUCCUAAAAUUUAGACUGCUCUGCCACAUGGCACAGCCCUGUCUGGCAGGAAAGGAGACCUAAUCUUUUCUGCCGUUUAAGUAACUCUAAUAACUUCAUCAUUUUCUCUGUCAUGCUCCUGUUUCCUCCUAUCAGUAUUUUCUUUGUAGACACACAAGCAUUUCAGCACAACUGAUUGGCUCAUUCUGUAGAUUUUCCCAUUCCCAGUUUGAGCACCAUUGUACAUGGUACUGGACGAGUUGGUAAAAUCUACUUAAUUGCCUGCAUUAAAAAAAAUGGGUUUUAAUAUGGAGCUGCAUUACUUUGUGGCCUUUAAACAGGCCUGGAGUUCAGCUUUCAAAGUAUUUUACGUGACAAAUUUUACCCCUACUGUUACCUUCAUGCAGUUACAUGGACGAUCCCCCCCCCCCUUUAUUCUCUUGGGUAGCUCCAGAGCCAAGUUUUUCAUUUUUAUGUGCACCAUCAGCUAAACCUGAUGCUGUUGCUCAUCAUCCAGAUAGAAUAGCAUUUUGUUUGCGCUUUUACACAGGAGGUGCAGGAGGAGGGGACUGUUCCAAAAUUAAAAUGGAACUCAUUUUUCACCAAUUAUACUUGUCUACAAAAUGUAUUUUAUUUAUAACGUCGGGGCACUUUGUGCAAAGUAGUGCUUUUGUGUUAUGUUUGCUGAAGGCCAAAAUACAAGAGUAUAAAUCAUCCAGGUGUGACUAGCCGUAUGCUGGAAAAACGAUAGUCCAAAUGGUACAUUUAAUAAUUCUGGAUACCUACAAAGCUUCAUCAUAGUAACUAGAGAAGCAGAGUAGAGAAAGUGAAGUACAUCAUUUUAUUGUCGGCUAAAGUGUCCAGCUUUACCCAUUGAUAAACCUUGUCUGAUGCACGAUUCUAUUGGAGUGAAAGAAAAAAUAUCUGAAUUUAGCAGUUAUUUGGAAGUCGCAUUUGCUGGCAAAUGGAGCAAAUAAAAAACAAUGGGUGGAUUUUGAUUUAGAACUUAUUUCACACCUUAGAAUGAUGCUUUACUAGGGAUAUGUGAUGGAUGUGUCAUUAUGCUGUGUCACUGAUUUUGAGCUAUUGGGAUAACUACGUAGAAUGGAACUAUAGGCAGUCAGCUUGAUACGUUAUAAACCACAUAUGUGAAAUGUCCUACCUUCCAAAAGAUUUGUGAUCCCAUGCAAAACAACAUAUUCAAUGCAGUGAAUGCGUUUUCUCCACUGCCAUUAAGCAAUAUAGAUUGCUCAUCAACCUCACUCCAAAACUGAUUGGACAAUUAAAUGACUGUUUUUUCCCCUUUUAGUGUUGGGAUCCACUGCAUUUCACAGUACUUUUAAUGUGACUGACUCUGUGCAUGCCCUCCCUCUCCCAGUCUGAACAUAGGAUUCCAGGAAGUGAAUAUAGACAGUCGGGUACCUUAUACUAACUGAACUUUGUUUAAUGGCUACAUAAAUUUAUUAAAUGGGGACAUGUUUAUAUCGGACAACAGUGAAGCCUAUGCAGUGCAAAGCAACAGGUUCACUUUAAUCCACCCUCUACCAAGGAGCACAUACAUGCCCUUCCUUCAUUGCCCUUUUUAGAUGCUAGGAGCAAAAUAAGCCACCUGUUGUAAGCUGCAAGCUGCUCAAGUAGUAGCUUGUAUAGGCCUAUAAACUUUUCCUUGGUGACAGUGGGGGUGAUUUGUAAUGGCCACCACCCACCCUGUCACGUGAAAUUAGUCACAUACUACCAUACUCCUGGUGGAGAGAAGGAAAGAGGAGCAUGUUUAGUUGAAAAUGGGGCAAUUUGAACAUAUUUCAAUUUUGGGUUUCAACAUAUUUGCCAGGUUCAACAAAUUUAAAAAUGAAACUUGAAAAUAAAAACCAAUUAUUUUAAGUUGUGCAAAUGAGUUAACUAUAUUACAUAUUCGUAUUCCUGCAAAUUGUUCCCAUAAUAUGACAGUGAUUUGGAUCACUCAAGGGGUAUUCACAAAGCUCCAAUAUUGUGGAAUGUCCUACUACUUGCAAUCUACAGAUGUCUCCCCAGUUGUAGCGAAAGCCCGCCAUUUCCAUUCAUUAUUAAAGGCAUUGUACUCUUUCAAAUAUUUUUAUUGUUUUCACUAGCUAUUUCUAUUCCCUGUGCUGUUUGCCUUACCUUGUAAUGGGCUCACAUGUUGUGGCUGCGGCUUGUAUUGGUUUGGCUGAUUGAUUCCCCUAUGCCAGGGGUAUGCAACCUUGGCACUCCAGCUGUGGCGAAACUACUAAUCCCAUCAUGCCUCUGCCUCUAGGAGUCAGGUCUUGCAAUGUCUCAUGAGGCUUGUAGUUUCACACAGCUGGCAGUCUGAGGUUGCCUACCCCUGCUCUAUGCCCAUGUUAUGCUGCAGCUAGCUUGUCCCCUAAUCGCUAAAGGGAAAAGACAACUUCCUGUUCAUGGUCAGUAUCCAGUGCAUGCAUUGUCAUCUACUCUGUCACAUCACAAAUGGAGUGCUAAUGUGACUUUAAAACAUGUUCCAGCUGCAUGGUAUGCUUUCUAUGUAUCUUAUAAUGCUUGUUUGUCAGCUUUAAUUCACUUUCGCCUGCACUAGCGCUAGACUGGGAGACCAAGGGAUUGUGGGGUAUGUAGUUUCUUUACAGGAAAUGUUGGCUCUCAGACUACAGAAAGAGGCCAUGUUGAAACCAUGCUAAAUGCUUUGUGUUUAAGCACAAACUAAAAUGGCUGGGCUCGGAAUGGGAAGAUUUGCUCUAUAGACUCACUAAAUGAUAUGAAACUACAUGAUCAACGCAUAUCUUUUGUAGGUGAAAAACACAAGGUGCAGGUAGGAAGGUUUAUAAUGCCUUUAAUAAUGCAGUAGGUCCAACAGCACAUAAAGGCCACAAAAUGCCUUGCUACUAUACAGCUUUAAAAUGGUCAAAUACCAUGUCAAAUGUAGUGAUCAUAGAAUAAUCCUUAAUAGUAAAAUUAUGUAAAGAUGGAUUCCAGGCAUUGUUUGUACAUAGUUACAUUGGUCCAGCUCGGAUGUAUAUGCCAUACCAUGGAUGCUGGAAACACUGACUUAGACACCACUACCUCUAUUGAUCUCCACUUGCAUCUGGGUCCCAUACUGAUGCAUUGAGAAUAGAAGAGGUCAGUUGCUUAGAAUGGACACCAUUCAGUGACUGCAUUGCAUUCUCUGAAUUGAAUGCAAAGCGUUCUUUGACUGGCCAAGUUGGAGAGGCGUGGUGAUGACCCCACGCUUUGAACCCCUUCCAGUCAGCGGUUUCACCUUUUUCAGGAAUUGCAAAGCAUUCUCUGAAUAGUAUCGGUGCAUCAGGUUGGCCUCUCAGCAUAGAAUCCAUGGAGAUCACUAAAGGAGGGGUGUCUUUUUUUAGCGAUUUUUAAUCUUCCGAGGGCAUCAUCCAGCUAUGGUGUAUAUACCAUAAAUACAUUGAUCCAAGCUGGGCCAAAAAAAAUUUGUAAAAUAUACCAUGCCUGGAAUUCUUUAAUAAUGGGUAGGCUUUGGCACUUCUGCACCUUUCACAAGCCAGAUGCGUUUUAGGCUGUUGAGCAGUAUCGGAGGCUCAAUUCACAAAGCUUUACACAAGGAUCUUCAUUUUUAGCUAUGUGAAUGUAAUUUCAAAUCUCAUUGGAUUUAGCUGAAAAUUACUGUUGCUUUGUGUAAAAAAAGAAAAAAAAUGCUUAUCCUGGUAUUUUAGCUUUGUGAACUGAGCCUUCACGAAAGAUCAGCCUCUACCAUGCAAUGGUAGAUUACCAUUGCAUGGCUUUUCUUGAUGGCCAGUAACAAGACCAGCAGUAGAACAAAUCUACAGAAACUCAUUCCAGACCUUUGGUGAACAAUUAUAGAAGGAUGUUUGGCUGUCCUUUUACCAAAAUAUUGUAGUUAUUAUAAACGUUCCACAUUUCCUUUCUUCACUUCUGGUUUGCUCUUGAAUAUAAUAUUUACCAUGAUUACAUUUUCUGAAAAACUGCACCCCAGUUAAUCUUAUUUGAAAUAAAUGUCACACAUGCGGUGCCUGCCCUGCUUGCCUCGCUACCCACCGCAUCCUCCUUACGUGUGAUCUGAAGUAUUAAAUACGGAAACUCAUUAAUGAUGUUUUUGGACAGAAGAGGUUAAACCUUUAAUGAUGCUUAUACAUUUUCCACAACUUGUGUUUGGGGUGCUCAUUGUUAAUAUUAGUACACCUAUUCUGUAGUCGUCAUGGCCAUCCUUUUUUUUUUCUUAUUUACAAAUUGUUUAUUUUAUUAACCAUGAUACAGCGUAUGCCUUUACACUGUGAUAAUGGGGCAAACCUGCGCUCAAGUCAGUAAAUUACUUUUUUCUUUUUCUUUAACAAGUAUAUAUUUACACAAAUAGAAAACGUACUAUAGAUAAGUGUAAUAUAAUUGCUGUACAUAGAAGAGAAGGAACUAUGUAGUCACUAGACUACUUUUAAAAAAUGAUUGUCAGUAGUUUUACAACAGACCCGUAACGUGAGCGCAAAAGAGUAAAAAUUGCUUUAAGUUUGUUUGCUAAUUCACUGCUGCUUUUGCUGCCAAUGUGGACAUAUAGAGUAUCCAAGUGUGCUAGAUGUUGCACUGAUGGCACAUACUUUUCCACUUUUGCAAUGUGUUGUAUAGAUGAAAACUCUUGCCUUUAUGUAGAAAUUCAGGAGGAAGCAAAAGGGAAGGUGUUGUCCACAGCAGUCAAUCAGACUCUUCGAUUUUCUAACAAUCGAAAAACGGUGGUUGCAUUUUUAUACAUUACAAGGGUUAACGGCUCCUCUAGUAUUUUGUGAAUUCUUUCUUGUGUUUUAUUAUGGAGCCUCGUUGUAUGAUCAGAAAAGUAUUUUUCCACCUCCAUUUUUGCUGUGCUUCAUACGUAAGGUGCUUUUUUUCACUUCAGUGUCUCAUAUGUCUUAUUGGAUUUAAAAGAAACAUUUUAGAAGCUGUAUAUAACUUGAAUUUUAUGCACAUAUCCUACCCAAUGGGUAGAAUGAAAACGGAUACUCAUUGUUAAUACUGUAAUAUAAUGUAUAGAUAUCAAUUUUAACACAAAGUGGCAUAGAAUUUGUGAAUGCCUAACGCAUCUAGUCCUUUUUGUAAGAUUUGCAAAUAUUGCAUACCGAUGACAGAAAUCUAUGUAUUUUAUUUUCCUAUCAAAUAUCAAUAUAAUAUCGCACAAGGAGAACAAAGAACAAA